GUCAACUACGGCAAUGCACUCGACUUGAAUGUGACUAGCUUCGCGCCGCUCAUCAACUUCACCGGCAGUGCCAAUGUCAGGUACACGGUGGCCAUGGUCGACCCGGAUGCACCCACGCCACAAAACCCGACGAGUGCUCAGAUUCGCCACUGGUUGGUGACUGAUGUGCAGGCAUCUACAGCCCCGACCAAUAUCUCAAGUGGCAACGUGCUGAGCGGAUAUCGCGCUCCAUCACCUCCCGCCGGCAGUGCUCCUCAUCGAUAUGCCUUCUUUUUGCUCCAGCAACCAGCAGGUGCCAACAUCACCCUCGGCAAUCAGAGUGCCAUUCAAAACUUCAACCUCGCUGCCUUCAUUACCUUGAACAGGCUGACGGUUGUAUCUGGCAAUUACUUCAAUGCUUCUCGCACGAAU